AAAGAACUGACAAAAAGAUUGGCAGUAUGCGUUUUGGAUCUCAGCUGUCCAAGAUCUCAACACCGUUAAGCAAGUUUCUCAUAUAAGCCGCGAACGGAUCCCCAAAUGGUCAUUUAUUUAAACGAAACAGGGAGGAUAGAUACAGUCUCUCGUUGGUACAGACUGGUUCAUGCAAAAGGUGUAGGCGUGUUCGGAGAAUUUGUGGUGACCAACAAGGACGUCGCAAAAUACACCGAUGCCAGUUUCGUCCAGCCGGAUAGUCAAGGCAAUUCCAAAGCUACUUGGCUUUUGGUACGAUUUUCGACCGGGGCUUUACUAACACUCAACGAAAACAGCCAGGAAACCGAGUGGGAUCACCAUUUGGUCAGGGUCAAGUUGGUGCUGGCGACGCCCAUCGAUCCCGACAAAGAUUGGUUCACCCAAGACGAGGCCACUAUAAUCGCCGGCAAGGAUCCCAACUAUCUGAGCUGUCGACUGUACGAUGAGAUCCAACAGGGCCAGUACCCUACGUGGAGGGCUUACGCACAAAUCAUUGACCCGGCCAAAAUUUCUGUCGAUGCCCUGGCUGUUACGAAGGUCGUCCCAGAGUCCGACUGUCCGUUGCUUGAGUUGGGCAAGAUCACGCGCAAUGGGCUUCCAAGAAGAAGCGCCAGGACCGUUGUGCCUGGCUAGGAUAUCUCCCCUAAUCCACUUUUUCAAAUUCACCUCUUCUCUUAUGGGGAUUUGCGGCGAUACCGGUUGGGCGCUAGUCAUGACCAGCUGCCGCCAAACAAAGCCUGGUCAUAUGUGUAUGAUCCCACCCGGCGUAAUGGGGCUUAUAAUAUGACCAACUACGCAAAUGCGCCCACCUACAUCGGGAGCUGAGGGCGGGACCUGAAGGGCCCGGAUCACUAUAACAUUGGCAGGGCGAUGUCGUCAAAUACUGUAGCCAGCUGGAGGACGUCGAUUACAGGCAAUGCCGAAAGCACUGGGAUAUCUUGUUGGAAUUCAUCAACAAUGUGGCUGCCUCUGUGACUCCAGCUUCCUUCCCGGGCCAGGAAG